UAGGAAUUCCGCCUGGUCCCUUAUAUGGGAAAUUGAAAGAAGGCGUUCCGAUUACUUUGGAAAACGGGACAACCGUUUCUCUGAUGGAUGUCUUAGAAAGUCCUUUUCCCGGAAGAAAAAUUUGUGUCUUGGGGGAUUGUUCGGGUGUGGUUGGGGACGGGGUGACGUCGCUUUGCUCUGAAGCCGAUAUCCUGAUUCACGAAGCCACCCUGGAUGACAGCCAGAUGGAGAAAGCCAGAGAGCGUGGCCACAGCACGCCGAAAAUGGCCGCCGAGUUUGCUAAGCUGUGCAAAGCCAGGAAAUUGGUCCUGUCUCAUUUUAGCCAAAGAUAUAAGCCCGCAAAUCAGAGAGGGGAAGGAGACGCAGACGUUACAGAGCUGAAAAAGCAAGCCGAGAUGGUUAUGAACGGAGAAGAAGUGGUGCUGGCUGAGGAUUUCAUGACAAUUAGUGUCCCAGUUAAAAAAACACAGUAGGAGGGCUGGGCAACAAGACAGAAAUUAAUUGGCGGGUGUGCAAAAAACUUUCCCACUGUGACUUGUCUUCCAGGUGAUCCUCUUGGAAGGGACCGAAGGAAGUCAGGUUUGAAUUAGGAUGGGCCUCUUUGUAUGAACAUCUGUUCUUUAUUGCGUCCAAUAUUCCCGAUGCAUUUGUAAUGUUGACACGGAUUAAAUGUGCUUUGCAUGCUAGGCCUCUCGCUGCAAGGGGAAAGCCUUCCUUGUGAGGCAAACUCUCUUGUGUGUUUCAGCUACGUGGAAUCGAGGGCGUCACGAAAGAAGGCUGCAGUUUUUUUUAAACGCUUAGGAAUACUGGUAGUCCUCGAUUUAUGACCACAAUAGAGAAAU